AUGCCCCCUUCUUCCGUUACUUCCAUCCCGCCGGAUAAAGACAAGGACAUUCAGAAAGACAGGGACAGCCCUUCCGCCUCCUCCAUCUUUCUUCCUCUCGGAAGAAAAGCUCGUCGAGACUCCAAGUCAUCCCUGUCUCACGAUCUCGAUCAAGAUGCCCUCAACCACGCUCUCAACAGCAUCCAUAAUGCGGCAUCCCAAUCGAACCACUUGACUGUCUUCAAUGACUACACCGACCCCCCGACCGGCUCCUCUCAAACAGAGAACAAGUCUUUGGCAAGCGAAAUACAGGGCGGUAUUUCGGGACUGUACAACAAAUUAAAGGCUACGGUGGGCGUUUCCAAGGAUGGCGAAGAGCAUUACCAAGAAGCAUCUUCUGCUCUCUCUGUGGGCGACGAUCGGGCCAGCUCCAAACUCAGUUCUGGCGUCACAUCCAAGGCACCGUCACCACGCCUGACGGCCUCAGACGCCACGAUUCCAACCGAUCUGGCCCCGUCAAAAGUGUCGUCCAAGGCUACUAGCAUUUCGAAACCCUCCGUUCCCUCUACUCCCGCUCUCCGCUCACCUACCGGUCCUCCCCAGCCUUCUUCACACCUUGCUGACCCUUCGGUGACUUCAGUCAAUAUCCAUGCUGUGGGCUCGGCGAAUCAUUCGAGGGCUGGUUCUGCAUUCGAGCUUGAGUCUCCUCAUGAACGGAGCUUGACUGCUUCCACAGACAGCGAAAGCCUGCGCAAAGCUCUCUCCAAGCAGGGAACCGAUACCUCCUUUUCUGAUAGGCCGAACAAGCUGAUAACGUCGCCUCUCCUGAACACCAGGGGGGUGCCCACCUCCCACGAUCGAGGCUUAUCAACCACUUCAAAUCAAAGUCACUAUAGCCAUGCUGAUAGCGUGACUAGCCCACCCUUGCUGACCUCGCCUCAAGCGGAGCGAUCGACCACCCGUGUAGUGGUAGCGAAUAGACAAGAAAUCCCUCCAAACCAGAGGCAUACCAAUCCCUUAGACCUCUUGGCUGAAAAUGCAGCCACUCCGGCGAAGGCCUCGUCUUCCUCUCAAAGUAAGCCUAACGACCUCGCUGGCCUGAAAUCGCCGCUGCUGUCGACUCUGGAGCACAGACCCGCCGACAAACUUGGCCCCAAGAUAAGCCAGUCAAGAUUGCCAGGUUUCUACGCCUCGCGAACGACUUCAUCAGAAUCGUCGGUCUCUGCCGGCCGGUUGCGUGCAAAUCUGGACCAUCUUGACGAUGAUAAGCGUAGCUUCGUCAUAAAUCGUACUCACCAAGCUAGACCGAUGAGCAAACUGCGCAGCAAGUUGUUGAGUAAGGAAUUCUGGAUGCGGGAUGAGAAUGCGAAAGACUGCUUCCAUUGCGGCGAGCCGUUUACUACAUUUCGACGAAAGCACCAUUGUCGCACCUGCGGCCAGAUUUUUGACAGUAAGUGCACAGUGCUCAUCAGCGGAAGUCACUUCGGGUCCAACAGUGCCGUCCGAGUCUGCAAACCAUGCGAGUCGAUAAUCACUUCUCACGAUGACGACUCUUCUGAUUACUCGGCUGAAGAUCUGGUUUUGACGGAAUCAGCCACUCGUCCGCGGACCCCUGAACCCUCUGUUCUUAACCGCGGCCUCUCCCGAUUCGAAGACGACAAUACUUCGAUCACUUCGCAGUCUCUUGAGCAAAUGGCCAGGACGCCCACAAUGAGCUUUCCGGUGCGACGAGCUUUCGACGGUGCCAACCGCAAUUCUGCAGUGCUCGAAUUUGAUACAACUGAUCGACCACUCCCUCGGCCAAGCUCUUCCAGGUCCUUGAAAGCAACUCAUUCCAUUGGUCACGGCCACAAGAGGCACCACUCCAAGCACCAGCACAUACGCAAUUACAAAGCCUAUCAUGAAGACAGGGCACCUUUCCAACGUCGUGCUGCCGAUGACGGCCUCAAAGCUGGCAAGUCUUCAGCCUUCCAUCGGGAUAGCAUCAUUGACCCUGAUCUUGCACAAUAUCUUUCGGAUGAUCCUUCGAGUGAGGAAGACCAGUCUAUCAACGAAGCCCUAAACCAAGACAAAUUGUCCCGCAGCGAACCCGACAGCGACAAGAGCGCGAUUGGUGGUCUUUUGGCAGCCGUACGCAAGGGUCGUUCUCGCCUUGGGGAUCGGAGUAUUGCUGGAUUUCUGAAUCUGGGCAAAGAAGCGGAUGAAGCUGGCGUCUUAAGUUCACGCAACAUAGAAGCCCUUAGAGGUUCUCGGAAGCGGAAUCUUAGUGUUUCAAGCAGCAUUCAUCGCGGAACACCAAGAACAACCAGAGAGCGCCUGCAGAUCAUCAUCCCCGGAAACCAAGACGAUCUCCAGGACGGUCUCGGAGACUCGGCGAGUAUCUACCGAGGCCGUUCAAGAAUGAUUCGAAGUGCCUCUAUGCACGGGAUGGCUGCCCCAGCUAUGGAGCUCAAUCGCGCAAGUAUUCAACAUGUGCAUAAAAUGCUUCAGCAGCUGCUCAGGGAUGCGAAUAUACCAAAAGUUCAAAGCUGGGAAGAUGCUCUCAUUCCGAUCUUGCUCAAGGCGACCGACGACGUCGAUCCGGAUGUUCAGGGCGGAGAUGACAUAGACAUUCGGAACUACGUCAAACUGAAAAAGAUCCCCGGAGGCAAACCUGGUGACACUGCAUACAUCUCUGGCUUAAUCUUCACGAAGAACGUGGCCUUGAAGAGUAUGGCUCGGUCCCACACAGAUCCCAAGAUUUUGAUCAUCACGUUCGCGCUUGAGUAUGCCAGACAUGAGCAGCAUUUCAUGAGUCUGGAUCCAGUAAUUCGACAAGAAAAGGAGUACCUUGCCAAUCUUGUUGGCCGCAUCGCUGCUUUGAAGCCCGAUGUGCUGUUGGCUCAGCGCAACAUAUCGGGCCUCGCUCUUGAGCUCCUUGAGAAAGCCAACAUCACGACUAUUUUCAACGUAAAAUCAUCAGUUCUCGAAGCCGUAUCGCGCUGCACGCAGGCCCGUCUAGUCCACUCUAUGGACAAGCUGACCUCCUUGUCAGAUCCAUUCGGUCGCUGCGAUUCCUUUGAAGUGAAGACUUUCGUGGCUGAUGGCCGACGAAAAACAUAUGUCUAUCUCUCAGGUUGUCCUCCUCAGCUUGGGUGUACAAUAGCACUCAGGGGUGCCGAUCGACAGACAUUAUCGAAGAUCAAACGUGUCACCGAAUUCAUGGUCUACGUGGUCUAUAAUUUGAAACUUGAAACUUGUUUGAUGAGAGACGAGUUUGCCUUGAUACCAAGUGCACCUUCUGCUAAUACCUCCGAAACAACGGUCAAUAUGCAGUCCAAAAAUGCGGCAACUGAGAACGAAGCAACGUCGCAGGAUGCUAAUGGGAAUGCGGACAAAGUUGACAGCCAUGUCGCCGAAGCCGGGGAUGUCUCGAAUGCAGAAAUCAUUGCUUUGGAAAAAGAAGUCCGUUUUGCUCAGGCAGUUACGGCGGAUAGCACAGAUUUGGCGCACAUACCAGAUGACAUACCUGUGCCUACGUUUUAUGAAGACCUGGUCCUUAAGCAUGAGACCCGCAUUCUUUCGGCCUCGCCAUUCGUCAAAUUCAUGCAGCCAUAUCUCCUUAUGCGUGCGAGAGAGUUGGAAAGACGAGUGGCGUAUCUCAAGCGGCUCCGUGACCAGGAUCUUUCUGCUGAACAGACGAUGGAAGAUAAGGGCAAGACUUCCAAGUUCACCUUGAUUCAGCCUGAAAUGGUCCAUAGACAUCUCGCCGGAGCCAGCAAGAAAGUUCGCGAGAUCAUACACGCAGUACACGACGCCGAGUAUGACAAGGCAGUCUACAACUAUGAAAGCCAGAAAAAGCAGUGGGAGACCUAUCUCUCAGGAAACCGCAAUCUCUUUGACCCCUUCGCUCACCAGAACAUUGUCGUUUUGUUCAGCCUUGUUUCCACAGAGACGUCUGUUCCCUGCUCCGGCCCGGAUCUGCUCGCCUUUAGCUUUUACAACGAACAUGAGACCGAAGCUGAAUUCGAGGCGGAUUGCACUCUUGGGCAAUACGUUGAGGAUCUAUGUUACCGGGCAAACGACAUUUGCCCCUCCGACGCCUGCGAAAUGAAAAUGCAUGAACAUCAUCGUCAGUAUGUCCACGGCGAAGCGCAGAUCACAGUCUUCGUACAACCAUAUCCUUCUAAGAUGCGUGGCUUCCAGGAUGUGAUUUUGAUGUGGAGCCAAUGCAAGGUCUGUGGUGUAGAGACCACUGUUACUCCAAUGUCCCCAAGCACCUGGAAAUAUUCAUUUGGAAAGUAUCUGGAACUCUCCUUCUGGAGUGCGGAUCUUCAUGCUCGGGCCGGCAUCUGCCCGCACGAUCUGCAUAGAGACCAUUUUCGGUUCUUUGGGUACAAGGAUUUUGCCCUUCGAGUUCAUUACGAUCCGGUCGACCUCCUCGAGAUCAUUGUGCCAAGGAUGAGGCUUACCUGGAAAAUUGACAACGAUUUGAAAUUCCGCAAUGAUUUCUAUACACGCUUGGAGCAUCGCAUCACGAAGUUUAUGGUGUCUGUCAAACUCCGUCUGAAGAACAUCAAUGCAGAAGCAGUCAUGCCUGAAAUGGCUGAAGCGUGUAGUGCGGAAAUCGAACGAUUAACGAAGAAAGCCAACGAAGAACAUGCAAGCCUCAUCAAACAGCUUCAAGAACGAUAUACGAAUACGAGGUACUGGGAGACAAUACCACUUAACGCUGUUCUGCGAGCUACGCAAGAAAAAGUGUCCGAAUGGGAUGAUGCUUUUGCAGACUUCGAAAGAAAUUACUUCCCUUCGGAGACAGAUAUUCACCGACUUGCCACCCUUCAACUAAAGAAGAUCUUCCUUGACCGCGAUGUCUCGGUCGCGUCUUUAAAGUCCGAUGACGAAGGUACGAUGACCCCUCCCACCGAGGAGGUCGCUGAUGAGAAAGGGGCGGCUGGGGAGACACCGACUGAGGGGCGACGGCCCAGCAAACUUUCGCCCGAGAAAACACAGAGCUUUCUUCAAAGCGUACUUGAGGAGCAUGCUACUACCCCUGCUGAAGAGAUUGGUAUUUCAGCUGUGCCAGAAAUCACAAAGUCUGAUGUGCAGAGCCUCCCUUCCGUUCUGGAUGGUCCCCGUAAUGUUGAAGAUGUGAAACACCUUGAUCUGGCGAUAGCGUCUCCAACUCAACAGGCGAUCCCCACUGCGGAAGUUACCCCUCCACGCAAUUCAUCGAUUUCCACCUUGGGCCACACCGGCGAAGAUAAAGAACGUGAGAGCGCGAUCAGCAUUCCUGGCUCCGACAUAGUAGGAGCAUCUCCAGAAACACCAGAGAUUAUUGUCUCCGCUCAGCCGACUCAGCCAACAGAUUUAUCUCCGCCCGCCAUCCAUGAUGUCCCUCCACCCACUGACCUACGGAGGCGAAGUGAUGGGAAGUCCUCACCAGGGCUCACUCGAGCUCACUCGCAGCCUGCUGGCUCUGUCGCACUUCGCUCGUCUGCUGCCCAGACAGCUUCGAGUACUCUGUCGGCCGUCAAUGCGAUAAACGGGUUUUCUAAGCAGAGUCCGGCAUUAUCUGCUCAUGGCAGCGAUGCCGAUCUAAGCAUCCCCGACAAAAAGCUCUCUGAAAGACUGGGCUUCUCACAUUUGAAGAAUAAGACAUUCUCCAAAGGUCAGUCGCUGAUCCCGCGAGCGGUUACAAACCGUAAAGAGUCUCGGGUCUCCAACCUUGCCAAACAUUUCGAGCAGCUCAGUCGCGAGUUCGAGAGAGAGCGAAUCCGUGAGAGGAGAUUACGUGCUGCAAGGAAUAUGCAGUCGAGAGUGUACCCUCUGGCAGCGUCGAAACCCAUUGUGGAGGUAUUUAAGGACGUCGACGUGGCUGUGGAUGAACGAGGUGAUUCCGAUGAUAUCUUUGGCAAGGAUGAUGAACUUCCAGCGGAGAACCAGAAGACUCCAGGCACUGCCGAAGGCAUGGCCAAAACUAGCUCUCCAGAGGAAGGCGGGGCUGGGCUCCAUGUGGAGGAACCGGCCACCGACACUGCGGAGAACGAGACUGACGUUCCGUUAUCGAGCCAUGCACCUUCGGAAGCGGAGGAACAAAGUGAUGUUGAUGAAGCGGAGGAGGAGAUCUUUCUUCCAGAUUCGCCUGAAGAUCUAAUGCGGAUGUCCCAAGACGAUAUCGAUCUCAAGGAGCUCCCAAAACAUGAACGGACCUCGCUGAUGAAGAUGCUGACCAACUUCUGGGCUGAACGGUCCUCGAGCGGUUGGACCAACUUAGACUAUCCUCUGGGGGCAUCUGAGCACAUCUUCGCCGAUUGCGACAUCAUUGUGCGCGAGGAUGAACCAAGUUCUAUUAUUGCAUUCGCAUUAGACUCGCAUGAUUACACGACGAUGCUUCAGAACAUGCAGAACCGGGCUCCGCAAGAGGACUUAGCCCCUGACUUUAGUGGCCACGAUCACACCGACGAUUUGCAGUCCGAAGUCAUGCACUCGCUCCUUCGCAAGACAGGGACGCAUCUCAAAUACCAGUUCCAAGAAGGGGGAGCCAAGAUGCUGUGUAAGAUCUUCUUCGCGGAGCAAUUCGAUGCCGUGCGCAGGAAAUGCGGCGUCGCUGAUCGUUUUAUCGAAUCACUCUCAAGAUGCCUCAAGUGGGAUUCCAAGGGUGGCAAGACCCGGUCCUUAUUCUUGAAAACUCUAGAUGAUCGGUUCAUCUUGAAGUCACUGUCUCCUAUCGAAACGCAGUCUUUUCUCAAGUUCGCGCCAAACUACUUCCAGAUCAUGUCAGAGGCCUUUUUCCACGAGCUGCCCUCGGUCAUCGCCAAGAUGUUUGGGUUCUAUCAGAUCAUCGUCAAAAAUUCCGCCACGGGCCUCGAGUACAACUGGUUCCUACUGGUGAUGGAAAACCUGUUUUAUGACCGCGUCCCCACACGCAUUUUUGACUUGAAGGGAAGCAUGCGAAACCGCAAGAUGAACGCAACCGGCGAAAAAGGUGAAGUUUUGCUGGACGAGAACAUGGUUGAAUUCAUCUAUGAAUCACCACUCUUUGCUCGCGAACAUAGCAAGAAACUUUUGAGGUCCUCUGUUCACAAUGACACGUUGUUCCUUGCGCGUCAAAACGUCAUGGACUAUUCGCUAAUGGUCGCCAUUGACGAGAAUCGCAAAGAGCUUGUCGUGGGUAUCAUUGACUGUAUACGCACUUAUACAUGGGACAAGAAACUCGAAAGUUGGAUCAAAGAUCGUGGCCUUGUCCCAGUACGUGGCGGAAACAAGAACAGACCGACAGUGACAUCUCCCAGAGAAUACAAGAGGAGGUUCCGAGAGGCAAUGAAUCGUUAUGUUCUGGAGGCGCCUGAUUGUUGGCACCAGUUCAAGCCGGUGAGGGUGGAGCGGAGAUUGUUGGAAGGGAGAGGUGAGAAGGAUGUUGGCGGAGCAGAUGGAGGAAGGGACCAGGACGGGGAGAAGGAGAACGAAGUCCAGCUUUUCUCAUAA